AUGCGUAUUGAAAAACACCCAAUUUGUAAUUCGGAAAACGUUACUGAAGGAAGUAUUACUACUCCUUUAGAAUCACCUACCGAUGAAGGAUACAACGAUGGUUAUGAAGAAGUAAAACAUGAAAUUGAGAUUCCUUCUUGGAUAACUUCGCUAAGUGAAGAACAAAGAGCUGAAUUUGCAUUUCUGCUUCUUUUGACGCUCCCAACUCCAAAAAUUGCAAAAUUACACGGUCGUUUAUCUCCUUUGUUUCAUCGAGACUUUUUAGCCUUAUUGCCUUAUGAAUUGGCAAUUCAUAUUCUAUCCUUCCUGGAUGCACGAACUCUUGGACGAGCUGCACGUGUAUCUAAACAAUGGAGAAAAGUUAGUUCUGAUGGAUCUUUAUGGAGAAACUUAUUCUUUAGAAAUGGUUGGACUGUAAAUACAAAAUUAAUUGAAUUGUACACAUCAAGUUAUCAAUUACCGACACCAACUACGAGUGAAAAUUCAAAUUCACUAUUUAAUCAAGAAAAAAAUUCUGAUCAAUCAAUAUCUGUUCAACAAUUUAUUGAAGCUGAUGAUGAUUAUGAAUUGGAUGAUGGUCAUGACGAUCAUAUUGUAUGUGAUCAAGAUGACUUAAAUUCGCAAUAUAAAAAUGAAAAUUUACGGUAUCCUUCAACAUAUCCGGCAAGUUCAUUUUCAAAAGCGAACGAUGAAAGUAGUGCUCAGCGACAAGAAUCAUCAUUGAAUUUAGAUGUAUGUAAUGGUGUAUUACCACAUUUAAGAACAACUUUUAGUCAGAGUAGUAUAAAUAUACCCUCAGCCAUUCCGUCGACAUCCUUGUCAACUGUUUCUGCACCAAUUUUGGAUGAUUCAUCUACAGGCGAUUCAUCAUUUUCAAAAUCAAAAAUUUCCCCACAAUCCAUAAACAUACCGUCUACUUAUAUUCCAUAUAAUCUUCCCAUUCACCAAAAUGAAUCGGGGCAACCCAUAAUUAAUUGGAAACACUUAUAUCAUCAAAGAUCAGUAAUUGAGAAUCAUUGGCGUAAGGGUAUUUAUUCGAUUCGGGAAUUACCUGGGCACAGUGAAAGCAUAUAUUGUGUUCAGUUUGACGAAAAUAAGAUUAUAAGCGGAAGUCGUGACGAUACGAUUAAAAUUUGGGAUAUUAAAACUGGAAAAUGUGUUAAAACAUUUCAUGGACAUAAACAAUCUGUUUUAUGUUUACAAUAUGAUGAUAAAGUAAUUGUUAGUGGAAGCAGCGAUGCAACUAUUAUUGUUUGGGAUUUAGUUACAGGAGAAAUUAAACAUACGUUGGAGGGUCAUAGUGAAAGCGUUUUGAAUUUACGAUUUGAUGAUAAUCUUAUUAUAAGUUGUUCAAAAGACCGUACGGUACGAAUCUGGGAUCGUGAAAUAGGAACGUGUCUUCGAGUGUUAUGUGGACAUCGUGCAGCAGUUAAUGCUGUACAAUUUAAAGAUGGAUAUGUAGUUUCAGCAUCGGGAGACCGUACGAUUAAAUUAUGGUCUCUUUCAUCUGGACAAUGUCUUCGUACUUUUGAUGGUCAUUCGCGUGGAAUUGCUUGUAUUCAAUUUGACGGAAAUAUUAUUGUUUCUGGAUCAAGUGAUAAAACUAUAAAAGUUUUUGAUGUUAAUACAGGAGCUUGCUCAUCCACUCUUGUUGGACAUACUGAUCUUGUAAGAACUUUACAGUUUGAUAAAAAUAAAAUUGUUAGUGGAAGUUAUGACGAAACCCUUAAAGUUUGGGAUCUUAAAACAGGAGAAUUACUGUCUAAUUUAAUUCAUGGUCAUACUAGCAGGUAA